AGGCGAGGUGGGAGGCGACGGAGGAAGCUGCGACCUCCCCCCCGAGGCCUCGUGACCCAGCCCGAGGGAGCGCCGACGUCGAUCCCGCGCCUGAGCGUCAAGAAGAUGAGUGCCGACCACCCUCCCCCGUAUGUCCCGCCUCCACCGGCCCAAGGCUUCGUAGGCUCGGCGGGCGCCACGCCUUACCAGGCGGCGCCCUCCUCCUACUACCAGGACCCGCAGCAGUACGUGACCCCGCCCGGCUACCGCACGCCCUUCUACGUCGCGCCCUCAGGCUGGGACGCCCCCAAGGCCUACGGGGGGCCGCCCAAACACACGGUGUACGUGGUGGACCAGAACGAGGGUGCGGGCCACAUCGGCGGCGGCGGCGGAGCUUUGAGGUCGUUGCUAUCGGCGUGCUCCACCCUUCUAUGUUGUUGUUGUCUGUGUGACCUACUGACACGUCACCUCUGACCUCUGACCUCUGGUUCAUUGCUACGGUGAUGAUGACGGGCUUUACUUUUGCGGUCACCUCUGACCCAGCAAAGAAAUAAAAACCUUUGAAAGUCA